AUCUUAGGGGGGAAGACGCGUCGGAGUACUAUCGUCUCGUGUGUUAAUUUCUGCCAUUAAUUCUUUUCCUAUUGACGUAACAUCCUCUCUACACCUUCCCAGGGAUUAAUACAACUCCCCCAAGGUUAAUUAACCAGCUGCCUUAAGCCAUGGGAAACCACGCAUCGUCGGGCGAACGGGGGACCAGGAACAAACCCGGGGACUCCUACCCCCCAUACUCGCCUGGGAGGAUCGACGGCCAGGCCUUUACUUUCGAUAAACACAAGGGCCAGAAGGUACUCGUGCAGCAGCCGUCCGAGGAGGAGCAAGAGCCCGUGGUCAUAAAGCCUGACGUGACCAGGGAAGGAAAGGAGAAUGAAGACCCGGUGCCGAUCAGAUCUCGACCAAACUUGUUGCAGAGUAACAAGAAGAUGCUGCCGUUCGUUAUCAAGUGGGGCGGGGGAGGAAACACCGUGUCCAUCGCCGGGACGUUCAACGAGUGGCAGCCAAUCCAGAUGGUGAAGAGUGAGAAAGACUUCGUGGCAAUCGUCGACCUCCCAGAAGGCCAACACGAGUACAAAUUCCUGGUCGACGGGGAGUGGAAAAUGAACCAGAACGAGAAAUCCUGCACUAACGAAGUGGGGACCCAAAACAACACCAUUACCAUUAACGAGAGCGACUUCGACGAGUUUGAGAACGCGCUGCUCCGUGACCCCAACGACAAGAAGGAACGGCCCUUUGGUAAUCAGUCCGGCAACAAGGAGAAGACAGAAGAAGAUAAACGGGAGGAGUUUAGUCAAGAGAUUCCCGAGUACCAACAGUCCGAGAAGAUUCGUGGACCCCCGGUGUUGCCCCCACAUCUCCUGCAAGUCAUUCUAAACAAGGACACGCCCAUUUCCUGCGAACCGACGCUUCUCCCCGAGCCGAAUCACGUCAUGCUCAACCACAUGUACGCGCUCAGCAUCAGAGACGGCAUGAUGGUCCUGUCGACAUCUCACCGCUACCGUAAGAAGUGCGUCACGACUCUCAUCUACCGUCCCAUUGAGUAGCUCUCACGGCGUCGACUCUACGGCCGGGCGCAAUCUGACAGUCUACAUGCCAUUGGUGCCUCUACAUCUGGGCGAUAUAUGAGAGUCUAAGUAACACUCCAGGCCAAUAUGAGUCUUGGAACAUCUGGAGAUUAGACACCCCAGUUUAUUUCACCUGAUGAUUGACCACCAUAAUGCUGACCUAACUUAACCAUGCCUAA